AUGAGACAACCGUCAAAGGACACUAUCGAUUAUUACAUAUUCCCGAACAAGAUUUUGUGCAGUAUGUUCGGUAUGUGGCCUUCUGAUAAGAAACGCUCGACUGUCAGGAAAAUGUUGGCGUACUUGCACUUUGUGUUCUCUGUACUGACGGUGUGUGUGAUCGUGGUGCCUGAGAUUAUAUUAUUGGCUGUCAGGUGGAGGGAUCUGAAGAUUUUUGCAGGAGCAGGAUGCAUCAUAAUGUCGCUCAUGCAGGUACUCUUCAAAACGGUAUAUCUAACCAUGAAGAGAGAAGAGGCACACAAGUUAUAUACAGAAUUUAGAAGUCUAUGGUAUUUGACGAAAGAUCCUGUGGAAAGACAAUCUUACGAAUUGUUCGCAUACUGGGCGAGGACUUGUACCAUAACCUUCGGCGUAUCUUGCGUUGGGACUAUGAUCAUCUUCUUCAUUUCUGCGACGUAUGACUACAUUACGGAUGUGAACAUGAAUGCUGGCAGCCGACAUUUGCCAUAUGAUGUCUGUUGUAUGAUAAAUGUACAGUUAGAAGUCUCUCAAACUUACCAAAUGGAGAUGCGUGGAAUAGACUUCAUAGAUUCACCUGAAUUUGAAAUUAUCUUCGUUUCCCAAAUUCUGGCGUCCCUCUUUGCUGCCUGCGCAGUUAUCGGUCUGGAUAGCACGUGCGUGACCAUCAUCCUGCACUUAUCAGGACAAUUUAGAUUAAUCACGACGUGGCUCAGUAACAUCGGUAUCGAAAUGCAGUACAAUCGAAUCGAUUUGCACAACUGUCCUCCGAGUGUGUCUGCAGAUUUGAUCAAAUGCAUCCGUCACCAUCAGCGAUUAAUAAAAGUGCUGCAGGAUGUUAAUUCCUUAUUGACUCCCAUCAUCUUCAUGCAAGUUUUCACGAGUAGCAUUGUGUUCUGUCUGGGUGGAUACGCGAUCAUCAGCAACAACGCAGCUGAUGACCUAUUCAAAUUUGUGUCCUACAUAUUAUCGAUGACGAUACAGCUUCUACUGUGGUGCUGGCCCGGCGAGAUUCUAAUUGAGGAAAGUCUGCACAUAGGAUACGCUGCUUAUGUGAAUGUGCCGUGGUACAACCUCCCGCCAUUUUAUCGAAGACAGUUAUGCCUCAUUGUUUUGAGGUCGCAGAAGACUUGCAGUCUAUCGGCGUUCAUCUUUCAUUCGCUGUCAAUCUAUACUUUGACGAAUGUACUUAAUACAGCUUUCUCUUAUUUUGCUCUGUUGCGGCAAAUACAGGAUAAAAAUAUGUAA